CGGAAUCUCUCCAUCUCAAAUCAAUAUUCAACUGUUGAAUAUUACAUAUUCAUAUGCUCUCCCCCUUUCUUUUUUUUUGGCCCUUUUUAAAGUAAAGCUCCUUUGUCAGUAGAAUGCAGAAAAGCAUGGAACAAAUCAACGAACAACGAUAAUAGUACUAUUUUAAGUUAAUGACGAUGAUAUUUUACACACCAUAAAUAUGACCAUUGGAGAAAUGUGGUCUAAGCUAUUUUAGGUUCAAGCAUGGAAAUUUGAAAUUGAUGUAAUCCUCAAGCUACCGAGCAGAUUUUCUCUGUUUUCCUCAACUUGACAUGGAAGACAGAGCAGUCCAGACCACAGAGCAACAGCAAUAGAAGGGGAGGAGAAUUUAAGCUCAAGAUCAAACAUCAAAGACGAUAUCUCAGGAUCGAAAAAUCAGAAAUGGAGGGCACGGAGAUGGAGAAUUUUUUCAAGGUAUGUGGGGCAGUAAUGGCGUCUCUCAGCUACUGUUACAUUUUGGGCAAGAUUGUCCCGAAAGGUAGUCUCAGACUCCUUCUGCUUCUCCCCAUAGUCUGCCUCUUUCUUCUCCUCCCUCUUAAUCUCUCCUCCAUCAAUCUCGCCGGUACUACAGGCUUCUUCAUUGCCUGGCUCGCCAACUUCAAGCUCCUCCUCUUCGCUUUCGGUCGCGGCCCUCUCGCCGCCGACGACAACCCACCACUCUCCUUCGGUCGCUUUGCCGCCGUCGCCUGCCUCCCCAUCAAGAUCCGCCACGAUCCACCUCCCGAAACCCCACAAAAACCUCAACUCGACAGGCACCAAUCUCAAAUUGGGGAUUUUAAGCCAAAUCCAUCUUCCCAAAACCCCACAAAAGCCCAAAAUGGAGAUUACAAAUCAGACCCAUCUCACCAAAAUCCCAAGAAUGCUCACAGAGGGAUUCUGAACUACGGCACGAAGGGUCUGCUCAUGGUUCUUCUCCUCCGAUUGUACGAUUACAGCGACCAUUUCCACCCAAAUCUGCUUCUCUGCCUCUACUGCUUCCACAUCUACUUGUGCUUGGAGAUCAUGCUGGCCAUGGCGGCCACUCUGGCUCGAGCCAUGCUAGGAGUCGAGCUCGAACCGCAGUUCAACAAGCCCUACCUCUCCUCCUCCCUCCAGGACUUCUGGGGCCGCCGGUGGAACCUCAUGGUCCCCUCCAUCCUCCGCCCCGCCGUACACGAUCCGGUCCUCCGCGGGUCGACCCGGUUCACCAGUCGCAGGUCGGCCCGGCUCAUCGCGGUCAUCUCUACCUUCUUAGUCUCCGGCCUGAUGCACGAGCUGAUCUUCUUCUACUUGGGCCGGAUCCAGCCGACCUGGGAGAUCACAUGGUUCUUCCUCCUCCACGGUGCGUGUCUGGCGGCGGAGAUCGCCGCGAAGAAGUCGUUCGCCGCCCAGUGGCAGGUGCCGCGCGUGGCGGCGGCGGCGCUUACCGUGGGGUUCGUGAUGGUGACAGGGUUCUGGCUGUUCUUCCCCCAGCUGCUCCGGUGUAAGGCCGACGUGCGGGCACUUGAGGAGUACGCGGCGGCCAGCGCAUUCGUUAGGGAUGUCGCCAGCGUCGGUAGUCGGUUGAUCGUCGGGAAACGUGCGACGACCUCCAUAAAGCAUGAUCUUAUUCUAUGAAAUAAAAUAUAUGGCAUUUGAAUCGAACAGAUAUGUAUUGCUUGAACUUUACAUCAUUUAAUUUUCCACGAUAUUAAUUGUUUGGUUUCAAAUUUCACAAGGAGUUCUUUGUAAUUUUAAAUUUUGUUAAUUAAAAGAAACUCAUAUUUUAAUUUGAUAUAUAUAUAUAUAUAUGGACCCGUAACAUUA